AUUGCUGUAUCCACCGGAAGUGCUUGGCUUUGGAGGCGGGACUUCUUGUGCCACGUUGAUGGAGACCAGUGGAGACGUGGAAUUCUCCCUAUGUGCAACCGGGACAGCCGCUAACUCUGAUCAGGAAUCUCCUACAACCAAGAAAGGCAAACAUUAGGUUGCCGAUUAAAGUUUUAAACCCAUUUUUGACAGCUUGAAUGAGUUUGUGCAUGCUCGUGAGCAGUGCUAAGAGGGAAGGAUGAAGCUAAAAGAGAUAAACCGCACCGCCAUCCCGGCUUGGAGCCCAGCUCAGCACCACCCGAUUUACUUGGCUGCAGGAACGUCUGCUCAGCAGCUUGAUGCUACGUUCAGCACCAAUGCCUCAUUGGAGAUCUUCGAACUGGACCUGGCUGAACCUGCUUUGGCCAUGAAGUCAUGUGGUGCUUUCUCCUCACCCCACAGAUACCACAAGCUGGUUUGGGCACCACAUGGCAUUAAUGAUCAGGGUCUGCCCUCUGGAGUGCUCAUAGCUGGAGGAGAGACCGGUAACAUCAUUCUCUAUGAUCCCUCCAAGAUCAUUGCUGGUGACAGUGAUGUGGUCAUCACUCAGAGUGAUAAACACACAGGGCCUGUACGAGCGCUAGAUGUCAACUCAUUUCAGACAAAUCUGGUUGUGUCAGGAGGUAAUGAGUCAGAGAUCUACAUCUGGGAUUUGAACAGCUUCAGUACCCCAAUGACUCCAGGACCGAAGUCACAGCCUCUGGAGGAUAUUAGCUGCGUAGCAUGGAACUGCCAAGUGCAGCACAUCCUUGCCUCAGCCAGCCCCAGCGGGAGAGCCUCCAUCUGGGACCUUAGGAAAAAUGAUCUCAUUAUCAAAGUCAGCGACCACAGCAACAGGAUGCAUUGUUCUGGUCUGGCGUGGAACCCAGAUGUUGCCACUCAGCUGGUGUUAGCCUCUGAAGAUGACCGAAUGCCUGUCAUCCAAAUGUGGGAUCUGCGCUUUGCCACCUCCCCUCUCAAAGUCCUAGAGAACCACACAAGGGGUGUUCUGGCUAUUGCUUGGAGUUUGGCUGACCCUGAGUUGCUGCUGAGUUGUGGGAAAGAUAACCGAAUCCUCUGCUGGAACCCCAACACUGCUGAGGUCCUGUAUGAGCUCCCGAGCUCUCAGUGGUGCUUUGACAUCCAGUGGUGCCCCAGAAACCCAGCUGUUCUGUCUGCUGCUUCUUUCGAUGGGCGUAUCAAUAUCUACUCAAUCAUGGGAGGCAAUAAUGAUGCUGUCAACAGUGCCCAGGCUGAUCAGAUAAGUUCCUCGUUUGCCAACAUGGAUCCCUUUGGCACAGGCCAGACAUUGCCCCCGCUGCAGCUGCCUCAAACCACCAGUGCCAACAGCACCGUAACACCACUGAAGAAACCACCCAAAUGGAUCCGCAGACCAGUGGGGGCUUCCUUCGCUUUUGGUGGUAAACUUGUCUCCUUGGAAAACAUCAAACCAACGCCACAGCAACCCCAGCAGCCCAUGGCCCACGUCGUCCACAUUAGCCAGGUUGUCACUGAUACCGAUUUUUUGGAUCGCUCAAACCAACUUCAGGCCACUCUCACUGCUGGAAGCUUUGUGGAAUUCUGCCAGAGAAAGAUUGAAGCUGCGCAGAACGAGUUUGAGAAGACUAUUUGGGGUUUUUUGAAGGUCCACUUUGAAGAUGAUGCCCGGGGCAAAUACUUGGAUCUUCUGGGAUACAAGAAGGAGGAACUAGCACUGAAGAUUGCUUCAGCAUUAGAAAGGAAGGACCUCAAGUCUGAUGAAGACAAUGAGCAACCUGAAAUCGGCUUGACUCCAACGGAUGAGUUGGACGUUGCACCCCAGACAGACUUCACUCUUCCUGUUAACGGUCAGCCAGAAUCUGAGCUGGAUCUGAGUGCUGUACCGUUGGCUGAAGAGGAAUCCAUGGAUAUGGUCCAAACUACCAGUACAAGUAAAGAGGAGUCAGCCCUGCCGGAGGAGGUGGAAGAGAAUGGAAACAUAACAGCAGAAGAUGCCCCUGCAGCUGAGAAGGGCCCAGAGCUUGCAGAGAUUCCUGUUGUUGAAGAGAAACCUGUUCAGCAGAUCUCAUCUAACAUCAAAGUUAACCGAGAUGUAGAUGGACUGAUCACCCAAGCGCUCCUCAUUGGGGACUUUGAAGCUGCUGUCAACCUUUGUCUCCAUGACAACCGAAUGGCAGAUGCAAUCAUCCUAGCCAUCGCUGGUGGACCAGAGCUUCUUGAAAAGACCCAGAAGAAAUACUUGACAAAAACUCAAAGCAAAAUUGGCAAGAUCAUCAGUGCUGUUGUUAUGAGGGACUGGUUGAAUAUACUCGAGACGUGUGAUCUUCAGAACUGGAAGGAGGCUCUGGCUGCAGUCAUGACCUAUGCCAAACCUGAGGAGUUUUCCUCCCUAUGUGGGCUGCUGGGCUCCAGGCUGGAGGCUGUAGAAGACUCUUCUCUGCAGGCACAGGCCUGUCUCUGUUACAUCUGUGCUGGUAGUGUAGAGCAGCUGGUGUCUUGCUGGUCCAAAGCACAAGAUUCUAGCAGCCCUCUCUCACUGCAGGACCUGGUGGAAAAAGUGGUGAUACUGCGGCAGGCUGUGGAGAAGACUCAGGGUGGAGUGGCCCCUGCUGUAGGCACCCUGUUGGCAGAAAAGAUGAGUCAGUAUGCCAGCCUGCUGGCCUCCCAGGGCAGUCUGCAAACCGCCAUCUCCUACCUGCCCACCAACACAGAUCAGGUUGCAGUGCAGCAGUUGCGAGAGCGUCUGAGCAGAGCACUAGGUCAGCACGGAGCAGCGCCUGUACAGAACAGACGUCCAGUGGCUCCUGCUGCUGUGCCUCAACAAGCCUACACACCAAUCCAACCUCAAACUCAACCACUGCCUCCUCAGCCCACUCCUGCUGCUCCUACACAACAGUAUUACCAGCAGGUUAGGGCUGCCUCUACUGUCACUUCCUGGAGUAACCAAACCCCAACCGUUCUGCCCAGUGCCCCUCGUCCGCUAGCCCCAGCCAAAGACCUGCAGGCUGAGCCAAAACCAGCCGCUUUCCCUUUGCAGGCUCCAGUGAGCGCAAGUCCUGCUGCCUCCAGUGCAUUCAUGUACUCGCAGCAGUAUCAGAGCUACCCCCAGGUCCAGCAGUUCACGCCUGGCGCUGGGGGACCAGCAAUCUAUCAACCUCUUCAGUACUCCUCCUCUACAUCCGCUCCUCUUCCUCAUCCACCUUCAUCUUCUGCUGCUGCUCCUUUCUACCCCUCUCAGUUCAUGCCUCCAGCCUCAUCCCAGGCUGCACCACCCACCUUCCCCAGACCUCCUUUCUCUGCAAGCCAGCAGGCUCCCACUGCACCCCCUCUCUCCUCCACCUCCACCUCCUCCUUCUCUCCUCCUCCUUUCUCCUCGGGAGUCUCAUUCCAGCACGGCGGGCCGGGUUCUCCCACUGCCUUCCUCCCGCCUCCACCAACCGGAGCCUCAGGUACUCAGGCUGAGCCCGACAUGAUCCCAGCCUCCCAGAGAACAGGGGGAAUUACCCAAGAAGUAACCUGGGUUUUGGAAGGGCCCCAGAAUGGCUGGAAUGAUCCUCCCGCUCUCACCCGAGCAUCCAAGAAGAAGAAGGUCCCAGAAAACUACACUCCUCCUGCUCCAAUCACAGCACCUAUCAUGGCUCCACUGGGAGAGCCGCAGCCUGUAGCCACCAUGCAGCCUUCUCAUCAGCCGCAGCAGCUUCCUCCACAGCCAGCUGGUGUUCCUGCUCCCUUCAACCCCAUCCAACAGCAGCCGAUGGCUCCUGCACUCAGAAACCCUGCCAUUCCCAGCAUGCCUUUGGAGGGGGCACCAGGGGCACCCACUGGGGAUGUCAUACAGCCAAUGCAGUCCCUCCCUACUGAGAAGAUCACGAAGAAGCCCAUCCCAGAUGAGCACCUCAUUCUCAAGACGACGUUCGAGGGCCUGAUUCAGAAGUGCUUGGCUGCUGCCACAGACCCUCAAACCAAGAGGAAGUUGGAUGAUGCUAACAAGAGACUAGAGUCCCUUUAUGACAAACUGAGAGAGCAAACUCUUUCUCCAGCCAUCGUGGGCGGCCUGCACAACAUGGCUCGGAGCAUCGAGUCCCGCGCCUACACCGACGGCCUCAACAUCCACACACACAUCGUCAGCAACAGUAACUUCAGCGAGACCUCCGCCUUCAUGCCAGUCUUGAAGGUGGUGCUAACGCAGGCUAAUAAGCUGGGCGUCUGAUGUCAUGUGCGCGCACACAGUACUCACCAGUAUUCCCGCAACUCCAACACAAGCCAUCAGUCAAUAAGGACCAACUUCUAUUGACAUGCUUUGCCAGUCUUAAAUCUGGAAUAGGGCAUUCCAGUUUACAGGCGUUCUUUACUUUUUUUUUUUUUUUUUUUUUUUUUUUUUUUUUUUAAAGUAGUUAGUUUUUGGUCUUGUAUAUGUUUAUGUUGCCAUUAUUUCAUUUGUGUAAUCGUGGCAGAGCAGAGUGCAAUGGGGGUGUUUUCCCCUUUUUUUCUUUUUUUUUCCUGUUUGAGUGCAUGUUUUUGGGCAACUCAUAGGAUUCACAGCCUGGAGAAAUCAAUCACAUGUCAGACAGGAUUUGUCAGAUAUUUGCUAUUAUGUAAUUGAGCUCUGGCUUAUCAUUUUAGAUUUUUUUUUUCUUCUUUUUUUUUUUCAGUAAGAAAUUUUAGGCUAUUGCUUUGUAUGCUAAUUAGAACCUUUGCCAUUUCAGUGAUGUUCAAUGCAAUUUCCUGCAAAAACUGUAAUUGCUUUUUAUCCGUUUACCAGGAGCUCCGUACAGUCUUGGUAACAAGGAAAUAUUUUCAAUAAAUGUUAUUUAUUUAAAUCUUUUAAGAUUUGAGUUAAUCAAUAACUAUACAGCAUUAGCAAACCAAGGCUGCCUAGUUAUAUGGCUGUCUAGUUUUAAUUCCUUCUGUAGUAAUUUGAAAACUUGAUGCCACAGUUAGGUGUCUGAAAUGCUUUGGAAGUAUCACGACUGUCUGCUGCAGAAAUGGUACAAAGAAAGUAGUAGACUCACUGUAGUUCUUCUUUUACACCAGGAAAUACUUUGAAAGGAAAGGAAAUAUUUUAGUGCUCCAUAUCACCAACCAUUCGCGAUAUUUUGACGUUUAUAUCAUGUACUGUCAAAUAAUAGCAAGAUAUUUUAGAGGCACUGCUGGUUGAAACACUAAGGACGAUAUCGCAGAGAGAAAACUAGUCACUGGUAAUAUCAAUGUAAUCAUUCUCACCACUUCUGUUUAAACUCUUAUUUUGUAUGCAAAUUCUGUACCCUAUAAGUUUGAGGGGGAAUCAGUGCACAAUGUUUAAAUGACCAUUGUAAAAAUUGGAUGAGGGUGUUGCAUUUUAAUGAAGUGGUCAAAUAAAGUGCUCAAUAUUUCUCA